GCAAAGCACAGCCAUGAGCGCUCAUGUGAGGGAGCAAAGGAGCUGAAUCUCCAAUACACUGCAGCAGUAAUAUUAAUAUUCUGUUAUUUUAUCAUUAUACAACAACAUUUCUUAAUGACGUGUUAGAUUAAAAAAAAAGCCAUGAUGGUACCACAGCAAGAAGCCUCAUCCUUUGUCCAAGUUCAAUGAAAACUGAAAGCAAAACCACAGAAACCGAAUAUUUUCAUGUUUUCUCUAAUGGUAUAUCUCAGCCGCUUCUGUUCAGCGCAUACUGUUAUUGGCUUCUUUGGUUGCUAGGCUUCAUAGGGCAGAUCAGGAUUGGUCAAGUUGCUCCACAGAGCAACUGGAGACAAGAUUAAACCAACUGUUGUGUAGCAACUGAGUGCUUUGCAUGAACAUUUCACUGUAAAAUCAUGCAAUGUUUUACAUUCAGUCAGUACAGAUGUUUUUUGUGAUGUGUCAGCUGCGUUUGACAUUUGAAUCCAAAUGAAAUGAAAUGGAUGGUCAGGAACAACGCUGGGCAAAAUCAUUUCUCGUGUCUAGACGGAGUUUUUCAUUAUGAUGGUCAACAUAAAUCAAAACCAUGUCAGCUUUAUCGCGGCAAAGCAAAUGCAAAUUAAUGCCCAGUUUAAGAUGUUCAUCCUUCUGGUUUCAAACUGGCAAAGCUGCUAAUGACUGAAAUGAAAUGAGGAAACCAGACCGCUGUGCUGAACCCAUGAGUAAAAACGGGACACUGGGCUGCGUCAAUGGUUGCAGCAGCGGUGAAAAGUGACAGUUAUGCACUUUAAAAUCUGAGAAAUUAAUCUCACUUUAAAACCCCUGCAAGCUGAUUGCCUUAAAGAAGCCAAGUGAAGUGGAAUAGGAAUUGUGUGUUGUACUACCAAAUGCUUUUUUUGUGUGUAUUACUCUCCCUGUUCAGUUUAAGUAACUGAGAAACCUGUUGAAUGGAUAUAUUGUGCUUGAUACCUGGCUACAGUGUGGACGACUCAGAAUUACUGCUUCAAACAACGAAACCAUGUCAGGUGUCACAGUGCGCUGAUUUUUGUCAGACUUAAUUGAUUAUAAAUGGUGGUGAAGUGUCAGCGUUUCAAAAGCAAACAAAAAUGAAAGGGCUGAAUUAGCAAGUUUGCCAGAAUAGCAAAGCAAAGGUCCCUUCAAGAGGAGAGGGGACACCAGCACCACGGGGUGCAAGAACAUGGCCGGUGAUGAAAUCUUGCAGAGAUUAAAUUAAGUUAAAAACAGGGGGGCCCCUUGGUGAGGGGCCACUUAUUUAAAUUCAAUUCAUUUUCCCCGUAAGUGGCAAUGAACGCUUCCUGUUUCUGCUUGAUUGACAGUCAGCAGUCCAGUGUUUUCUCUCUCCCUCUGUUCACUGUCGCAUUAUGCAAACGACCUCUUCGCCCAUCUGAUACGGACCUGUUCUGGUCAUCGGUGGAUCCUUCUGGCCGCGGCUUUUGCAUUUCAAUAUUCAAAUGCCAACCUCGAGGCAGCUACAAGAGAUCGCUGUCCACCAGGCGAGCGUCUAACAUUCAAGGGGAGACGCCAGAGAGAGGCAACGAGACAAGAACCCACCAGAUGGCAAAGAUGCAGUGGAGUCUGUUUCUGCUCAUUCUGAUGGGUCAGUGUUCUUUCUUCAUGUGUCACCUCUGUGAGUACCACUUCAUUAGCGACAGCAAGACCUGGGAAGAAGCCCGGAAUUAUUGCAGAGAGACAUACACUGACCUGGCCACAGUGUAUGACAUGACGGAUGCUGAGAGACUCAGUGUCCCGACAGGGAGACAAGAGGGGGCCUGGAUUGGGCUGCAGAGCCACCCGGGGAAAGAAAACAGGAGGUGGCACUGGUCUCUGCCAGGGGUGGAGCACCAUGAAGCUCCGGAGUGGUGGGCUGAUGGUGAACCAAAUGACGAACAACUCCCGUCUUUUGAGAACUGUGUGUGGACACAUAACUCAUGGGUGGACGUCAGGUGUACUUCGAACAGCACAUUCACCUGCUACGAUGAAAGCAAGGAACCAGGUAAAAAAUUCUAUUUCAUUAACAAGAGCAUGACGUGGCCAGAGGCUCAGAGCCACUGCAGAAAACAUCACACUGACCUGGUCAGUGGACUCACUCAGUUGAGUGACGUUGAAUUCAAGAGCGAGACAGCCAACAGAAAAACGUGGAUCGGCCUGUUCAGAGACACCUGGAGGUGGUCGGACAACAGCAGCUCCUCUUUCAGAAACUGGGAUCUGGAGUUAUUUAGAGAUGAUGAAGAGCAGAAAUGUGCUGUGAUUAAGUUUAACGGAACUGGAAAAUGGAGCUCUGAUGAUUGUCAUGAAGAAAAACCCUUCUUCUGCUACGAAGAUAAAGUGGUCCUGAUCCAGCAAAACAAAACCUGGGAGGAGGCCUUGAAUCACUGCAGAGAGAACCACAACGACCUGGUCUCCAUCAUCAACCGUAACGAGCAGAUGUGGGUCCGACAGAAAGCCAAGAGGGCCUCGUCUCCUUUUGUGUGGCUGGGCCUGCGCUACACCUGCACUCUGGACUUCUGGUUCUGGGUCAGUGACGAGGAGGUCAGCUAUGAGAACUGGGCCUCAGGCGGAGGGACGGAUGACUGCGACUUGUCUGGAGCCAUGGCCGGAGGAGGGGAGCAUAAGUGGUCCAAAAAGGCUGAUACGGACAAGUUUAAUUUCAUCUGUUCCAACUUUUGAGUUUAUAUUACGUCUGUUCUCAGGGUCGCUAAAGGUGUUUAUAAAAAUGGAUGAUUUUCUGCCUAAAAUCCGAAACAUCUGAAUAACACUGAAUGAACUUGGUGUUAUUUUAGUUUUCCGCCUCUUUUAUUCAUCAUGUUCUAAUUUGUGUGUCAUGCUCUCUGUUGAAUGUUUUGAUCUUAACUGGUGAUGGUGAUCGUACGUCAGAUCAUGUUUCUGUGACGAUCUCUUUAAUUGAUUUCUUUC